AUGGCCACUUCUCUACAUACUAUCAACCCUGAUGAAGCAAACACUGAAUCCGAUCUGGCAGGCUGGGACACUGAUCAUCCGUUGUGUCCUUGGGUACCCACUCAUCAUCCACCUGCCGCUUCGUUUGCGAGCCAGAGUAGUUCUUCUCCUUAUUUGCAGUACUCCGCCAUACAACUCUCCCCAGAGCUUGGACCAGGCACCUUGAUGACCCCUCCCUCCACACAGCUCGAUACUACGAGUAUCUCUUGGUUUGACGGCUCAGGUUCGAGUCAGUGCUCCACCAGCAAUACCAGCGGCACAGGAGACUUCCCUUGGAUGAACCUGAUGGGCAGUCCUGAGCUCGACGCUUCCGGUUCCGCUUCGACUUCUGUACAGCCUCGUGGUACGGAUAUCAGGUGUUGCAAGCACCACUUUCGUACACAAGAGAAGUCUUCCCACAACGAGCCGCAGCCUCCCAGCACAGAGUAUGUUCCUCGCCUAUAG